AUUAUUUUCAUGAAGAAAGGGAAUUGUAUUUGCCUUCUCAAAGAACAAAUUUCACUUGUAGAAGAGUUCACAUAAAGACAAAAGCUGAGAUGAAAACCCAAAAGAAAUUCAAGGGAUGCAAAUGGCAAGUAACAUUUUUAUUCUUAUUCUCAUGGCUUUGUCAUUCAGUCUCUGGGCAGCUUCAUUAUUCUAUUGCUGAAGAACUGGGAAAAGAUACUGUUAUUGCAAAUAUUGUGAAUGAUCUUGGAUUGGAUAUUAAAGAGGUUAUUUCUAGGAAAUUUAGUAUUGUUUCCCGUGUUUCAGAAAAAUAUUUUUCUGUAAAUUUAGAAAAUGGAAACCUCUAUGUAAAGGACAGGAUAGACAGAGAGAGACUGUGUCGGACAGCACCUUCCUGCUUCCUAACCUUUGAUGCAGUUGCUGAAAAUCCAUUAAAUAUUUUCAGUGUCAAAAUUGAAAUUCAGGAUAUAAAUGAUAAUCCUCCAGUUUUUUUUCCUGAGAUUUUGACAUUAGAAGUGGUUGAACUAACACCACCAGGAACUCAUUUGGUUUUACAAAAUGCAGAAGAUCCAGAUAUUGGCAUUAAUGCUGUUCAGUCAUACAGACUCAGUGACAAUCAGUAUUUCAGGCUGAAUGAAAAUAUCAACAUAGAUGGGAGCACAAUCCUGGAACUUGUAUUAGAGAAACAUCUAGAUCGGGAAACUCUAAACUUUCAUGAAUUGAUCUUAACAGCAUCUGAUGGGGGAAACCCAGUGAGAACUGGCACUGCUUUAAUUAGGAUCAUUGUUACUGAUUCCAAUGAUAAUUUACCUGUGUUCACUCAACAAGUGUAUAAAGUCAGCAUAAGUGAGAGUGCACCUAUUAACUCCACAGUGAUUAUUGUCACUGCAACUGACAAAGAUGAAGGCACAAAUGCACAGAUCACAUAUUCCAUCAGCAAAAUAUCAGAAAACUUUUAUACCAGUAUUUUCAAUAUAAAUCCUAUAACUGGAGAAAUUACAACAAAAGGAAAUUUUAAUUUUGAAGCCACAGAACAUUAUGAAAUGUCAGUACAAGCGAAAGAUGGAGGUGGCUUGGUAGCACAGUCCAAAGUUUUAAUAGAAAUUAUAGAUGAAAAUGACAAUGCCCCUGAGAUAUCCAUUAGAUCACUAUCUACCCCUAUUCCUGAGGACUCGGCUCCUGGCACUUUGAUAGCACUGAUUGAGGUUCAUGAUCAAGACUCUGGAGAAAAUGGAGAAGUUGACUGUCAGAUAAUUGGCCCAUCACCCUUUCAGUUACUUUCAUCCUCCAGCAGAUACUACAAAAUUGUAAAUACAGGUUCUUUGGACAGAGAGCUGGUACCAUGGUACAAUAUCACAAUUCUUGCUACAGACAGAGGAUCUCCUCAACUUUCUAGUAUAAAAUACAUCAAGCUGGAUAUAUCAGAUGUUAAUGAUAAUCCCCCAAUGUUUGUUAAAUCUACAUUUGUUGCCUAUUUGCCAGAAAACAAUCUUCCAGGAGCUUCAAUAUACAACAUACAUGCAUCAGAUCCUGAUGCUGGAGAUAAUGCUAAAAUCAUUUAUUCAAUUUCCAACAUAAAUACAGAGGAUUUUCCUGUGUCUCCUUAUUUCUCAAUAAAUAUAGAGACUGGAGUUCUUUAUGCUCAGCGAUCAUUUGAUUAUGAGCAGCACAAGGAGUUUCAAAUGAAAAUAAGUGCUAAAGACAAUGGAUCUCCUACAUUGAGUAGCAAUGUCACCUUGAUUAUCCACAUAAUAGAUCAGAAUGAUAAUUUGCCAAAAAUCUUGUAUCCAUCAACAGAAAGUGGUGGUUCUCCUAUUUAUGAGAUGGUCCCUUUUACCUCAGAGCAAGGUUCAUUAAUAACAAAGGUUAUUGCAGUGGAUGCAGACUCUGGACAUAACUCUUGGCUUUCUUACCAUUUCAUACAAAUGUCAGAACCCUCCCCCUUCAGCAUUAGCCAGCAUACGGGUGAAAUCCGUACAUCACGCAUAUUUCAGGAAAAAGAUAAUUUAAAGCAUAAGGUGGUCAUAAUGGUAAAAGACAAUGGGGACCCUUCUCUCUCAGCAACAGUUACAUUAAGCAUUUAUGUGGGUGAUCAUUUUCAGAAAGUUGUUCCAAAACUCAAUAACCAAUUUAAUGAUGGAGAGCCUUCAUCAAUUAUGCAAAACAUAUACUUAGUAAUUGCACUGGCUCUAAUUUCCUUGUUAUUUAUCAUAACUGUUGGGCUGGUAAUAAUUUCAAAAUGUAAAGAGUCAAAACCACCACCGGAAUUUCCAACUUUAAACACAAAUCUGUAUUCCCAGUUUGACCCAAGGAUGCUUUCCAAUUACAACAAUGGGACUUUGAGUCUUCCCUACUCCUACAAUGUUUGUGUAGCUCUGGAUUCCUCUGAAAGUGAUUUCAGUUUCUUAAAGCCCAAUCAGAAUGUCCCUGUAGAGAAUCUUAUUGAUGCUGAUGAUUCAGGACUUGGAAAUAAAAGUUCAAAAGAGACUUUGUCAGCAGUGGAGGUGAGUUAUUCUAAUAGGGGAAUGAUGAAAUAAUACAUUUUCUUUAUAGGAAGCAAAAUAUGUUUAUUGUAGUUUAGGGAAUAAUGAUUUACAAUCAGUAUGAUGAAAAAUAUAGGAGUAUUACAAAAUUUACAUUUAAUUUUAAUUAAUUAAAGAAUAUAAUAAUAUCAUUCUACAAUAUAAUAAUUAUAGCAUAUGAGCAGCACCAUGCUUUGUGAACU